AUGUGUCAUUGCAUAGAGGCGCCUUCCUCUGUCAAGGUGACAAGCAGGAGGGCGUUUUGGACAGAUCGACGUCGGUCUCGGGCAAAAGGGAAUGUUUCAGCGGCGAUCAUCCCACAUUCCAUGAAAACAGUGCGUAUCAGACACGGAGGUCAAGUAGAUGCUGGCGCGCUGAACGGCGCCGGAGCUUUUUACCACCAGAAAGAGCCAGACAAGGAGUUUGCGUGGGACAAGACUGAAAAUAUGAUGGGCAAAGAAAUCAGUAGAGGAAGACCGGAAGGUACCCACUCCAAUCUCCCAGACAUCUUUCGUUACGUGGAAGAGAGUGGUGUUAUGAGUGAGGGCGGUGGCAAUAUGGGGGCUGUUGAGACAAACUUCGCUGGCCUCGCUGUAAUACAGACCUACAUGAGUGGUGGCCAACGGUUGGAAAAUGGAGCGGCCGGCGCUCCGAAAUCCGGUGGAGUGAAAGUUGCUGUACGAGGUAUAGUGGAGUCGAGACGCCUGAAGGACGUGUGGUUCGCAAUACGAGGUAAAUGGGGGUUGAUGGGAAUUGAGAAAGAUAUGAAAGGACGUGGCCGAUGGGCAGGAGGGUUGCGGAAGGCAGAAUGCGGAGAGGCCCAGGGCGCUGAGCGUCUGAGUUCUAAUCAGCGACGUCUGGUGGCAGGUGGUGGCAAUCCAAAUCGCCGAUCCACGACUCGUUCUCUUUUUGUGACCAACGCUUUCAAGGCCAUCCAUUGA